AUGGACAUCCCCGAAACACAGGAUUUAACCUUCAUGGACAGCUCCGAGACAUUGUCGUCUGCUAGCCCAGGCGACCCUAAAGGCUCAGCGAAUCUCAUAAACGAUGUCCAAAAGCUUCUGACUGACGCCGAAGAAAUCGUCAGCAAGGUUAAACCAACCAUUGAACUCAAGGAUGCUGAUCAGAAACAGGGACCCAACAAACUGAAGCAAGACUUCACGAAAAUGGUCAGACCAAUGACCGAAAAACCGUUAGUUCCAGAGCACAUAAGUGAGAUGGUGGAAGCCCCACUGAAAAGAAUUUGA